AGUGCAUCAUCAUCUUCUUCUUCUUCAAUUCCUCCUCUCUCUCCUUGUCAUGUCGAUCGAAGUGAUGAAUGAGGACGACGGGAAGGUGGCCGGGAAACCGGCGGUGUUCAAACGGACGGACUACUCCCUCCUCAGAACCAUUGUCGCCCUCGUCCUCUUGCUCGGCGCCAUCCACUUCAACGUCGCUCUCGUCCUCGCCGCCCUCCUCCUUUUCCCCGCCCACAUCGCCAUCGCGGUUUUUGCGAUUCUGAUUAUCCUCAUGGUGAUUCCUCUCGACGAUGGAAAUUAUUUGGGUCGGAAAUUGUCAAGGUAUAUUUGUAAGUAUGCGUGUGGAUAUUUUCCCAUCACCCUUCAUUUGGAGGAUAUCACGGCUUUCGACCCGGAUCAGGCCUACGUGUUUGGUUAUGAACCACACUCGGUCCUGCCAAUAGCUCUUUGUGCUCUUGGGGAAGACGCGAAGUUCAUGCCACUGCGUAAGAUGAAGGUUCUCGCAAGCAGUGCAGUUUUCUACACUCCAUUUCUGAGGCAGAUUUGGACAUGGCUUGGGCUGAUCCCUGCAUCAAGGAAGAACUUCUAUUCAUAUUUAGCAGCUGGGUACAGCUGCAUCAUUGUGCCGGGUGGCGUUCAGGAGACACUUCACUUGAGCCAUGACACUGAGGUUGCUUUCCUUAAAACAAGAAAAGGGUUUGUGCGAAUUGCCAUUGAGACAGGAUGCCCUCUAGUUCCUGUCUUUUGCUUUGGUCAGAGCUAUGUCUAUCGGUGGUGGAAGCCUACUGGGAAAAUGUUUUUCCAGAUCGCUCGAUCACUAAAAUUUACUCCAUUGGUCUUCUGGGGAAGAUUUGGAACUCCAAUUCCGUUUCGGCAUCCAUUGCACGUUGUUGUCGGACGACCGAUCGAGCUGUUGAAGAAUCCAAAGCCCACUGCAGAAGAGAUAAAUGAGGCACAUGCUCGGUUUGUUCAUGCCCUCCAGGUGCUCUUUGACAAGUACAAGGGCAGAACUGAUUACCCUAAUCUACAACUCAGAAUUCUGUAAACAUGCCUUGGUCCAUGCUAUCUACAUCUCCUAAAUUGUCUCAUUAUAAGCCUGCUUCUGAAAGGAACAAGACAAUAUGGUGUAUUGUGUUUAGAUAGGGAUAAGUUAAUACCCAAGCUUGGCCACAAUAAUCCUAAAAGUCGAGCAGGAAGUUAUCGUGAAUAAUAUUUUGGGUACAAUGAAGGAGCUUGUUUCUUAACUAGUUUUUUUUUUUUUUUUUUUUCAAUUUGCUAUAAAUUU